UGUCGAGAUUAUAAAAUCUCGAGAAGCCUAUUCGGCGAACAAAGAUGACAAUGGCACUCCAUGACAAAGACGACGAGCAGCACCGACAACAACUAGAGAGAAUGAAAACGUUGAACUCUUCCGAAACAUCUAAAGAUCCUCAAUCGGUACCUUCUGAUAUCAUUAUCGAAAUUCUGUCGAGGCUUCCCGUUAAAUCGCUCUUACGGAUCAGGUCUGUGUGCAAGUUAUGGUUCUCUAUAAUAUCCGAUCCUCAUUUUGUCAAAUCCCAUCUCAGUUUGUCAACCAGCAACAAUCGCUAUGCACAUCAUCGCUUAAUUUUGAGUACCAAUUCAAUAAGUGUUCAUAGUUGUCCUCUUUAUGAUGUGCUUUAUGAUGGAAUCGUGAAAGCCUUAGAGAUUGAUUAUCCAGAGCCUCUUGACUCUGUGCAGAUCUACGGUUGUUGCAAUGGAUUGUUUUUAAUAGCUAACAGGGACCGUGAUCUGUUUAUUUGGAACCCUAGUACUAGAAGAUCAAACAGGUUACCGUGUUCUGGUUCUGGAGGGCUACCUGUUAGUUACAAUUUUGGGUACGAUGAGUCUUCUGAUGAUUACAAAGUUGUUGGAAUAUAUUAUGUUUAUAAGGGUGAAGCCGAGUAUGAUGCGAUAGUGAAGAUGUAUUCAUUGAAAACUGCAAAUUGGAAGAGAAUUGGUGAUUUUCAUAAUGGUUUUUCUAUGGAUUGUUGUGUCCAGUAUUUGAAUGGAGUUCUUCAUUGGACGACUAUUCAAAAUUGUGAGUCAUCUUAUACGUGGACUAUAGCCAGGGUCGGCUUUAUUUCUUUCCAAUCUCCAUUAUCUUGUAUACUUCAAUUCUCAAAUAUGAAGGUAGCAGGCUGUUUUAUACCAUUAAGUAUAAUAAAUGUGAAAGGCCCCAAAUUGUUGGUUUGCUUAGAGCCUCCUAACUUCUUGAGCCGCCCUACUAUAGCUUCUCUUGAUUUAGCAAAGGAGACUUAUGGAGAAAUUUUGCAACCUGCGUAUGAUGAAGGUUAUAUGGAUUUGAAUAUGGGGGCUUUGAGAGAAUGUUUGUGUGUGCUUUAUGAUCAUCAUGGUAGAAAUAGUGCAGAUGUAUGGGUGAUGAAGGUUUAUGGGGUGAAAGAUUUUUGGACUAAAUUGGUUUCUAUCCCAUAUCCUAUUGGUCGUCCGGUCUAUGGAUUUUCAGUGCCUUUGUGUAUUUCAAAUGAUGGGAAAGUUUUGCUGCAACAUGGGUCGGAGUUGGUUGUAUAUGAUUCCAAGAAUUGUUCAUCUUCAGAGAUUCAGAACUUCAAUGAAUAUGCUGAACCAUAUAGCUUUGUUGAGAGUCUGGUUUCUCCCGAUUCCCAGGCCUUAGAGAUAGCAAACAGGCUUGAUAUCAAGGAAAAGUUAGCAUUUCUAAGACGGUGCUUGGUUAAAUUUUUUCUGCCUGGCUGUUUUAAAAACCGGUUUGAACCGGUUGGUCGAACCGAUUAGACUUGGAACUGGAGAUGCGAGAGGUUCAACUAGUAUAGGUUUUAUGCCUAUUGUUGAACCGGAACAAGCCGGCACAUUUUUACAAAACCAGGUUAAAUUGAUUAAAAGCAUAUAUAAUUAAACAUUUUGCAUAACAAUCUUUGGUGAUUAUUUUCAUAUCUAUAUAGAUUCCUCUGAAUAAAACACUUGGUAGAUGUUAUGAAGUUUUUUUGAUACAUUUGAAUUUAUCUAAAACUAUAUUUUGUUUCGAUAUUAUAUUUUAUUUUCUUCUUGAUGAA